AAACAGCUGUUUUUCGCUUCUUUCGGUUCGUUUACAUUUUUGUUAACCUAAAAUAUUUUUGAUUUCACAAUACGCGUACUUUUGCCCGCCGUAAUUUAAAUUAUUUGUUUAUUGCUGUGAAAUUAUUGUAAAUUUGUGUUAUUUUGUGCGUGCAUUGCAACGUUUUUGAAAAUGUCCACCACCACCACCACCACGGACACGUUGAAGCUCAAUCAUACGGCUAUGUUUGCCAAAAUACGCGCCGGUUUGCCGGUAGAGCGACAGCACACGCAAAAUUUACUUGAAUGCAAGGACGAUAUGUUGUAUGCAUGGGAUUCACAGGAAAACUCUCUAUUGGCUGUAAAUUGGCGUUUGGCAGCAUUGGAGGGAUUCGAUGUUGUCAAGUAUCAGAGCCUCACGCCAUCGAUGCCGCAAAGUUUCCAAGUGGAACGUGUUGUCGCCUCCACCGAAGGCUCACUCAUCGCGCUAGCAGGCGCCAGGGGUGUCACCGUACUCGAACUGCCGCGUCGCUGGGGCAAAGAUGGGCUCUUCAUGGAGGGUAAAGAGAAAAUCACAUGUCGCGCCACUAAUUUAGAUGCACUGCUAUUUAGCAACAAUCCACACCUGGAACUGCGUCAGUUGCGCUGGCAUCCAUUUUCCCCUACCGACUCACACCUCCUGGUCUUACUCUCGGACAACACAAUACGCGUUUAUGACAAUUCUGUUCUACGUCACGUUUGGCAAGUCGGCCCAGUUCCGAUGAAAUCCGAUAGUAGCCUGAACAGUUCGCUGCCUACUGCUUUGAUGCUUGGCGACUUAUCUGUAGACUUUGAUAUUGCACCAGCAGUGGCAUUAAAAGAUGAGGGAAUAUUAAAUUCCUCCACAAUGACAAACAACAAUACCGCAAGGGACUCACUAAAUCAUAGCCGAAGUCUAUCGAGACAUCUAAAUGAGUCUACAACUGGAAAUAAAAACAUACAAAAUUCUGAACGCAUCGAGUGGCCCAUAGUUGUGCUGCAUGAGAAUGGCAAUAUUUAUGUACUAAUGGCCGGACUAGACAGUCAGAAACCACGCCUACAAGGCCCUCUUACAAUUAGGCCACAGAGUAGCGAUAAUUAUGGCUUGGAUUAUUGCGCCAUUUUGGUCAUACCAUCUUUGCCACCCACACUAAUCAUUGCCGAGUCGAAUGGCAAUCUUCAUCACGCACUAUUUCUCGAAGCAGAGGAGGCAGAAGAGUCUUUCAAUGAAGUGGACAUCAGUUUGGACAUACAUCCGUCCGAGUACACAGUGCAUGUGCUGGAGACAGUCAUGCUGGAGUUGGGUUUGCCCAAAGAUGAUCCAAAAUCAAAGACAUAUAAUUGUCCAAUACAUUUAAAACGUGAUUAUAUCAAUGAGAUGCGCUACUUCGCCUACCACAAUGCCGGGUUGCAUGCGAUCACCAUUAAUUUCAUAUCCGAAUUGCAGCGUUUCAUAGAAAGUGAUGUCGACUCCGACAUUAGCCCGCUCUCGAUCGCCUCACACGCCGAAUAUAUCGUUUGCACAAAAAUCGAUGCCAGCGAACGCAUCAAUGCCGUACUCGGCUUCGUGCUACUACAAAUGCCCUCGGGCGUCGUACUGCUACUUAGCAGCGGUGAGAUUAUUAGUUUGAAAUUGAUCAUUGACCCGAAAAUACUUGUGGAAUCGGUCAAACUAAAGGAGGAAACCGAAAAGUCAAUGCCCAAGUUGGAAGCCGAGUCCGAAUUGGAUCGGAUGUUGGAGCCAUCCUUCGUGGAUCACAUCAAAAGUAUGCUCAAACGUGAUGUUACACAACCGAUACUCUCUGUGGAUAAGACCAGUACACCAACGCCACAAGAAAGUUAUGAGUUGUUAGCACAAGCAAUAGAAGUACUGCGCACCCAGUAUCUGAAGCGGCAUGAGCAGGUGCGCGGCGAGAUCACAAAGCGUGUAAAUACGAUAAAAUUACGCAAGGAGCAGCAGGAGCGUGAAAUUGCCGAUUUGGAAAAGGAGCGUGAAAAUAUACGUGAGACGGCGCAUAGGCUAGCCGAGCGUUUCGAGGAGAUUAGCGAUCAGCAGGAGAUCAUAACAAAGAAAUGCCAACAUCUGGUGCGCCAGGCACAUACACGCCUACCAACCAAUCCGAUUGCUGAUAAGGAAUUUGCACAGGAGGUAGAACGUAUCAAUAAGGAGACUAAGGCUUUGACAAAUGCUAUGCAGAAGGCGCGGGACACCAUCAACAAGCAAACCUAUCAUAUCUCGAAAUACAAUCAAACAGCUAAGAAAAAGACAUUUCAUUUACCCGAGCGACAGGAGAAGAAUAUCAAAGAAAUACUAAUACAGAUUGCUGCCGAGGUGGAUAGCCAAAUUCGUGAUGUGAAGCACAUAAACCAACAACUUGGCAUUUAAAAUCGUUAACAGUUUCUGCGGAUUUUAGUAUCAACAUCCAUUAAUUACAAUUAAAUAAUAGAGGCGACAAAGCCCACUAGCUUAGUUUCGAAACACAUCAAACGUUCAAAUAUGGAAAAUAAUAAUAAAAAUUUGUUUUGGUUA